CAGCCAUUUUUCUGGGCUUUGGUUGCCGCCGGCCCCUAUUUUGGUGUCAACUUCAGGUGUGUAGGUGCCGAGGCCACGUUACCCAAGGCCAGAGCCGCCGCGGGAGCUCCCGGUCUUGUAGAUGAUGUUCUCCACACUCUAAGGAAGAAGUCAAGCAAGGAUUGAGGUUGGCCUGGAGAGGAGUCUUUUCUUGAAUGACGACAAUGAGAGAAAAUUGGGCCCACAAUGCUCUGAGACAAGAAGGUCUUGUGAAAGGAAAGGAUGAUGUCUGGAAAUGGGGAACCAGCCUCCAAGGCAGCAGCUCCUCUGUUUGGGAGACCUCCCACCUGCACUUUAGACAGUUACGUUACAGUGAGACAUCUGGGCCCCAGGAGGCCCUGAGCCGACUCCGGGAGCUGUGUCGCCGGUGGCUGAGGCCAGAAGCACGCACCAAGGCCCAGAUCCUGGAGCUGCUGGUGCUGGAGCAAUUCCUGAGCAUCCUGCCCGGGGAGCUCCGGACCUGGGUGCAGCUGCAUCGCCCCGGGAGUGGGGAGGAGGCUGUGGCCCUGGUAGAGGAGCUGCAGAGAGACCUCGAUGGACCAGCACUAAAAGUUCCGGUCCUUACCCAGGCCCAGGGCACUCUACAGGAGGGGAUGAGCUCUCCAGGAACAACACUUCCUCCUGCACGCACUGGCAGCCACAUAUCAGCUGGAACACGCCCGAAUCCUCUUCCUGACCCAGUGGUGUUUAACUUCCAGGAUCCUCAACAUGAUCCUCUUGCCCCUGAGGCUUCUGCCCUUUCCCAGGAAGAGAACCCAAGAAAUCAAUUAAUGGCUCUCAUGCUUCUAACAGCCCAGCCCCAGGAAUUGGUGAUGUUUGAGGAGGUAUCAGUAUGCUUUACUUCAGAGGAAUGGGCCUGUCUGGGCCCAAUUCAGAGGGCCUUGUACUGGGAUGUGAUGCUGGAGAAUUACGGAAACGUGACCUCCCUAGAAUGGGAGACCAUGACCGAGAAUGAGGAGGUGACAUCAAAGCCAGGAAUUUCUCAAAGAUCAGACUCUCAGAAAGGAACAUCAAAAAGACUCCAAGGAGGUGUUCCCAAGGUCCUUGACUUUGAGGAAGAGUGUGAAUGGCAAGUGUUGGCAAGUCAGUGGCAUAAUGAAACAGGGGAGUGGGUAGAUACAGUGAAGAAAGAUUCCCCACGUGAACGAGAUAAGAAGAGAGAACUCCACCAGAAAAACGAGUCCAAAAGUGGAAAGAAUUUGGAGAAAGCUUGACUUUAGGUUCAGCUUUUUCUGAAAGUUUAACAGGUACUGAAGGAAAGAAGUUUUAUAAAUGUGAUAUAUGUUGUAAACAUUUCAAUAAAAUUUCUCAUCUUAUAAACCAUCGGAGAAUCCAC